UAACCAUUGUGCUUAUAUAUAGGGACCAUUCGGUUCAAAAAUUACAGGUUGAACGUUUAUGCUCUUGCUUUCUUAGAACAUGGCAUCUAUAGGUGCAGAGAAAGACGAGUACAGAUCUAACCCGACAGAAGAGGAGGUGAAGAACACCCACUGGAGGUUUGGUGCUCCUCCUAACUAUGAUGUCGUCAACAAGCUCUUCGAAGAAGGCAGAACUAACAUAUGGUCAAAAGGUUCACUAGAAGAGAAAGUGCAGAACCUUGUGAAGACAUGGGAGAUGGAAAUGUUCCACAAGGCAAAUCCUGAUGAAUAUAAAACAUGUGAUCCAGAGAAGUUUAGGUUUAGUACAAAUGGAAAAAAAGCUUUAACACUGGAAGAAAUGCGUAAGAUUGGGGGAAGCUACAACGCUUUCCUGCAAACAUCAUUGCCGGAGAACUUGAGAUUCUACAACCCAGAUGAGGAAACAGCGGAAUCAUCCCACAGGGCCUUCACGACCACGUUUCCCCGUGGUUUUGCUUUGGAGAUUCUCCGAGUCUAUACCGGCCCACCGGUUAUUGUGUACAAGUUUAGGCACUGGGGUUACAUGGAGGGUCCUUUUAAAGGACAUGCCCCUACCGGAGAAAGGGUAGAAUUUUAUGGAAUUGCCAUUUUCGAGUUGGAUGAGCAUUCGAGGGUCGUGAAGGUGGAGUUUUUUUACGAUCGUGGAGAACUACUUGCAGGUCUCAUGAAGGGAAUAACAAGCUCUGAUGAUUCAAAAAUUGAGAUUUCUUCAAGCUGCCCUUUCUUGAAGAAUACAGGGUAGCCUUGUGGUUGGAGUUGUAGAACAAAGAUGAACAAAUUCACUCUUGAAUGGAUGUAAUUUGUACCUUUUACCCUGUGGCAACAUAUAACAUAUAAUCUGGCCCUACGGGAUAAAUAAAUAAAUUUUCUUAUGUUCGGUUUGGUACAAUGGAAAAGUGGGAGAAUGAAAAAUUGAAAAAAAUGAAAAGUUGGAAAAAUAAAUAAAACAUUAUGUUUGGUAAGGAAGGAAAGUAGGAAGGGUGGAAAAAUGGAUGAAUUAACUUUUUUUUUAACUCACCAAAAUCAAUCCCUCCAAAAUCGGAAGGAAAGUGAAUGAAAAGUUAAUUAUUUGUGUUGACAUGUAUCUUAUUUGUC